AUUUACUGAAAGGCAAUAUACCAUUUUUCGCACUAUAUUUUAUGAAAAUAUUUGAAGUUAGGACUUGUCACAAACUUUUAACCAUUGGGGCUCAUGAGGACCAGAGUAUUGUCAAACUUUUAAACAAGUGUUAAGAUGUAAUUAACUGAUUAGUUUUUCACUUUCAGGUUGUGGUGCAAUCAAAAAUGGCACCAUCUUCUGUCAUCCUUGAUGAUACUCUGACUAAUGAGGUUUCCCAGGCCAUUUUCACAAUAUGUAAGAGACGGCUUGAGAAUGUCAGUGAUACAAUGGAAAUAGAUGGCAUUAUCUACAUCUCCCAGAGCACCAAGGAGAAUUAUGUCAUUCAACUUCAUAGUAAAGUGCAGCAAACAACGUCACCAAAAACGCCAGAGAAGGAACCUAAAAACAAAAAUCCGAAUGAGAUUACUGGGUCUGAAUUUGAACAUGAAAUAGACAUUAAUGACCCAAAGGAAGAUAUUUCAGUCGGAAAGAAAAGGAAACCAAAGCGAUCACUCGUGAAGAUACAUCAAAAAGAUGAUGACAAUUUUGAACCACCACAAAUGAUAAAGCGCCAUCUUGAGGAAGAAUCUGGAAUCAGGCGUUCAAGUAGAAAGAGAUUUAAACCAGAAAAAUUCAAAAAUGUUACUGGGAAUGUAGAUGACCUUAUACUGAGAGUUGAGACUGAAGAGGAGUGGGAUGAAACCCAUAAUGCUCCACAAGAGAUGAGAGAGGAAGUUGAGACCCACAGUUCCCCACAAGAAGCAAUGGAGGAAGGUGAGACCCAUAAUCAAAAGGUUGGGGCAGGAGAAGAAGGAAAUGAGACCCACAAUCCUCAGGUAGAGGCUGUGAAGGGAGAUGAUACCCACAAUGAAGGGGGACAAGGUGAUAUUGAAUGGACUGAAAAAGAAAAAAUAGAGAAUGGAAAAGAAGAGAACCACAAGAAAGAACAUGAUCAGCUUAAUGAACAGAGUGUUAAAGAUAGUGUUGGAAAUGAAGAGCAGAUUAACGCUGAGGGGGAACCAGCUCAGGAAGACACUGGUAAUCAACAGAAAGAUAAUACAGAUACUGUUAAAGAUGGUGAGGCGAAUGAGCAUGACUAUGUAAAAGAUAAAGGUGAUGACCAAUCUGAAUCAGUUGAUGUAAAAAAUGCAUUUAAAGAUCCAGAUGCUUUGAAAGCUGCCAUUGAAAUAUUUAACAUGACAUCUAAACCAGAGAAAAAAUCAUGUAAACUUCCCAAUGGUAAAUUCAUGUGUGAUCACCCGACAUGUGGAAAAACAUACAUAGACUUUGGGAGCAUGUGUGUCCACAGAACCAUCCAUACUGAUCACCGCUAUGAAUGUGAGCUUUGCCUAAAAAAGUACACUCGUAAGGACAGCCUAAUGAAACAUAUUUGUGCGAAAGUAAAAGUGAAAAAUAUGGAACAGAAGCAUGUAUGCGCAGUAUGUGAGGAGAACUUCUUAAACUUAAAAUAUUUGGAGAUUCAUAUGAAGACCGAGCACCCGACAAAACUUCUGUUCAGGUGUAAGAUUUGCCCGAAUUCAGUUUUCCGUACCCAGUACAAGCUGAGUCAACAUGAUUUGAUCGUACACGGGGAAAAGAGUUUUAUAUGCCCAGAGUGUGGCGCUUCAUUCACCAACAAAGUGAAGCUGAGAUAUCACGAAAACUCUCAUAAGCAGAAGAAACUCAAAUCUCAAAAUGAGACAGAUCUAGAAGUUCUGAAAAAAGCAUUUCACAUUUGCAACGUCUGCUCUAAGAAAUAUGAAUCAUAUGGUGGACUUCAAAAACAUAUGAGAAUACAUACUGGGAAAUUAUUCAUGUGUGAGCUUUGCCCGAAGAGUUACAUUUCCCAAGAUUCCUUGAGCCAGCAUAUAUAUAACUCUCAUGAGAAGCCCCAAACUAAGCCGCAGCCUUUAAACAAGGCCAAUGGUCCACCCUUCAUCUGCCCAGAGCCUGACUGUGCGAUGUCAUUCCAACUGAUGUAUAAAUUUAGGCGACACUAUCGGUGGCACAGUGGUGAUCUCUGGACCUGUACAUAUUGUGAUAAAGCAUUUGAUGAGAAACACCGCAUGGAUCAGCAUAUGGAGGCUGUUCACAGUAAUGUGCUCAAGUAUAAAUGCAGCGAUUGUGCACGUGGGUUCACUACAAAAAGUGCCAGAGCAAAACAUUAUAAGCAGACCCAUGGGGCAGGGGCUCUAAAACAGCAAGCCAACACGACCAAUCAUGAUAGGAUAAUGCUUGAAGGAGCUUUGGAUGGCAUUAGCAAAUCAGUGGAGCUACUAGAUAAGGACCCUGGCACUAAAAUGAUCCUCAUUGAGACAACUGAUGGAGAAUAUAUAUCAAUCCCCAUGAUUCAACCAGAUGCUGAUAAUAAUCAAAUAGAUCCUGCGGUUUAUACCCAUGGAUCGGAUAUCAUUGCGCAAAAUGCUGAAAUUGCGACUACAGCUGGGUCGGAGAUAUCUAAUACAGAUAGCCCAGGAAUUCAGAGCCAUGAAUCUGAGAACAUUACACAUGGACUGCAAAUAUUGACUCAUGGAUCCGAAAUAGCCAGUCAAGUGUCAGGAAUGAUAUCAGAUGGGACUGAAGUCAUAGCACAUCCAGAGGAAAUCACAUGCAUUGCACAAGACACUGAAAUGAUAACUGAGAAUUCAGAAGUUGUCCCCGAAGGAUCGCAAAUAAUUAUCAAUGUUGAGGACUCGGAGCAGGUUUACAAUUCCCAGAAUGCAAUUAAUUAUAAUAAUGUGAAUUCGCAGGUUGCUGAGGAUGGGGAAUUUAAAAUGCAGACAAUGUUAAUUUUGAAAGAAAACGAAACGGAACAUUGUGUACAAGUUGAAGUCGAUCCACAGAAUUAUUCUUAAUUAGAGUACAUGUACAUUGUUUGAAAUAUGCAUAUAUACAGUAAAACCUGUGUUAUCUUAACAGUUUAUGUACCUCAAAAAGUGUUCCACAAGUAGAGGUGUUUUACUUGACAGGUGCUUAAAAGAAAUGCUAGGGUCAUCCUGAAAACCACACUUCAAACUAAAAACAUUUACCUACAACCAUAUACUAUAAUGCCCUAUUUUGAAAUAUUCAGUUUGAAAAUUCCUUUAUAUGGUCUUCUUUAAGAAAUGUGUAAAAAUGUGAAAUAUCUCAAAAACAUGCUCCACAAUUUCUAAGUGAUUUGAACCUGAAGUAGAACAUUAAAAUUUGUAGAUAGAGGUCACUAUUGUAAAUUUUUUUAGAACAAUUGAUGUGACUGAUAUAUUGACUAAAAUAAUUCAAUUUGUAAUCUUUAUACAUGUAUAACAUUUCCAUUGCCCAUUUGAUUUUCUUUUGAAUUUUCUGUUUAUUUAAAAAUGAUCUCAUGCAGCUUUGUUAAUUUAUUUGUAUGUGCUGCAAAUAAAUGUAUGGGUUGUACUAAUCUACAGUGUAUGAUGCUGUAAGAAUACAUGUAUUUAAGGGUUAAUGGGAAGUAAUGUCCUUGAUAUCACUUGAUUCUCU